AUGAAGAUCAUAAGCUUCGUGGGUUUAGCUGGCUAUUACAAGAGAUUCAUAGAAGGAUUUUCGAAGGUAUCGAGGAGGAUUGGACCGGUGGCUUAUGAGAUUGCAUUGCCUCUUCAAUUGGUAAAUCUCCAUUCGGUAUUUCAUGUGUCACAUUUGAGGAAAUACGUGUUUGACCCAUCCCAUGUGUUGGAAGUUGAGGAUGUUCAGAUUAGGGAAGAUCUCAUUGUGGAAGUACCACCAGUGGCCUUAGAGGAUAACCGAGUUGAAGAAUGUAGAGGAAAACCAGUAAAUCUUGUCAAAGUCAUUUGGGACCAGAGGAUAGAUGACUCUACUUGGGAGUUAGAGGAGGAUAAGAGGAAGUCGCAUUCGCACCUACUUCCCUAG